AUGGCCAACCUACAGCCUUCUUGGGCCUUUACUGGCCCCGAGGACCCAUCCUCGCCACGGACGCUGUCCAGGCUGCGCAAGAUCCGAUCGCAUCAAGUCCUGACAACGUCAAGUGCUCUCAUUGCCCAGACUCAGUCUUCUCGUCCAGGACUUCACCGAACUGACUCUGAAAGAAUUCGUACCCCCAAUUCUGCUGCACGAGCGCCUAUCAAUCGUAGAGCACGAUCGAGUAGCGAUGCUUCUCGCGACUCUAAUCUGGCCGCGUCUCAAAGACGCCCUGCUCGGAAGACUGGGUCUGGGGUGGGGAUCAAGAGAUCACUUCUGGAGAACUUCUUACGAGAUGGUCCGGGCGGGAACACACAGGAGGGUCUACAGGAGCUGAAAUACCUCGUCUUGACGGCUAAGGUGGAGGCGGAUGGUGAUGGCAUGUCUGCGUACCGGAUCUAUCUGUGGCUUGUCCUCCUUAAUGUCGCUCCACUACCUACAGAUGAUUACCUCGGUCUAGUCCACCGGGGCCGCUCUCCCGCGUACAGCAAAAUCCGCAACGACACCUUUCGCACGCUGGCAACCGAUCCCCUCUUUAAGCGUCGUGUGACUGAAGCAAGCCUUAUCCGACUGCUCAAUGCAGUGGCAUGGAAAUUGCACGAUUCAAAACCCAAACCCCGAUCCCGGCCUUCGUCCCGUAGACGGGAGAUGGAAAUGAUGAUAAACACACCUCCGAGCAUUGCAGAGGAGCCUGAAGACCCACUCAAUACUCAUGCUGUUGCGGAGACUGCAAUCUACGUACAAGGCAUGAAUGUGCUCUGUGCACCGUUCUUGUAUGCUGCCCGCAGUGAGGUGGAAGCCUUUGCCCUCUUUCACUACUUCGUGACCAAGGAAUGCCCAGGUUACAUUCGAGGUGCUAUGGAUGGAGUGCAUAAGGGUCUUCGCUUGGUUGACAGAUGUCUGGAAAUAGUGGAGCCUAAGCUGGCAGCCCAUCUUUUCUCGAAGGGCAUGCAAGCUGAGCUCUACGCUUUUCCCUCUGUGCUAACGCUAUGUGCUUGUACGCCGCCAUUGCCAGAGGUACUCCAUCUGUGGGAUUUCCUUUUUGCUUACGGACCACACUUGAACAUCCUCUGCAUUGUCGCGCAGCUCAUUCGCCUACGGGAUACUCUCCUCGAGAGCUCAAAGUGA